AUGCCAAAGUCGAGUGAAGUGAGCACUAAGCAUGUCAAAAAAGCUAACAAGAAAGACAAGAAAAACAUAACCUGCUUCCGGUGUAAACAAAAAGGUCAUUAUAUGAAUAAGUGCCCUAGUGCUAAUAAUAAUGCGUUUAGUGCAACAUUCUUAAGUGGAAAGUUUAAAUCUACAGAUUUUUAUGUCGAUUCUGGAUGCAGCACGCAUCUUACAGCGAGAAAAGAUUGGUUGACAAAUAUCCGAGAUGCAAAUUCGUCGAAUAUAACUGUGGCUAACAGUGAAAGUUUGGAAGUGAAAUGUGCUGGUGAUAUGAAGGUAACCACAAUUGUCGAUAAAAAGAGAUUAGAGGUAAGCAUCAAUAAUAUAUUAUAUGUUCCUGAUCUCACAACAAAUCUUUUAUCUGUUUCUCAAUUGAUUAAAAAUGGAAAUGAAGUUAUAUUUGAAAAUGCAGGUUGCAAAAUAUACAAUAAAAAUUGA